GUUGCCUGGUGACAGGCUUGUCCCGGAAGAGCGGGCAUUUCAGUUCGAUUUCAGUUGAGAAGGAAGAGUGUCACAACCUUGCACUAUAACUGUUUCCUAGAAUGUCUAAGCUCCUGAAGUAAGUGAAUAUGUGACAGUAGGGUUCAAAUUCUGUUCAUGAAAGAGUUUUGUUUGCAACGUUUUGUCUGUCUACUUAAAGAAGAAUAUGAAAUCCAGUGGUGUUUUAUUCUCCAAACGGAACCCAUUUCCUGAAAAACGCACCUCCAAAAGCCACUACAACCCUUCAAAAGUUAACCCCAUUUCCAAACAGCAGAGAAAAACGGCUUUAAGUCCAGUUCGGCUUCUACAACAUCAGCCUUUGCCAACAAAACAUCAGUCUGCUCCUCUUGCUCAAGCAGAACGCCCUGUUGCCACAGACUCCCAACAUAAAGAGACCCUUGCCUGUGAUGACCAGGCAAGCUAUGAUGAGGCAUGGCCAUCAACUGAGAUAAGCUCUUCGUUAUCUCCAACUUCUCAGGGAGAAAACUCGAGCAGUGUUCUAGAGAGCUCACUAGAAGCUCAGAGGAGCAAAGGAGGGAUAUUCCAAACAUCAGAACAAACCUCAAGAGAGUCUGUAUUGGCCAAGUACAUUGAACGUUUCCGCCAUGGUAGGCCACAGAGCCGAGAGGAACGUGAACAAAAUGUUGUGGCUGAUGGAAAAGGUGGAUCAUUCUGGUGGUUGGGAACAUCUCCUCCCUCUAAUUCAACUCCUACCUCAAGCAUUGGAAAAGUGUCUAGUCAUUCUACUGCAUCUUUAAGCCCUCCUGGUCACCUAAGAACUGGCAAAUCUCCACUUUCACUCAGAGGCAGACUGGGUUUUAUGGAUGAGGAACUAAGCCCACUGAAGAAUUCUGAUACCUCCCUGUAUGAUCCAGAGGAACCUGAAAUCCUUCAACUACAAGAAAAAGCAAAGCACUUGGUGCAAAGAAGCCAUACCACCAUCAGCGUAUUGGGACCUGUAAGCUCCAAUGGCUUGGGUUCUUCUGACAUCUCAUUUCCCAUUCCUUCAGAUGAGCCAGAACGUAGGCCUGAGGUCCCCAGUUUCUUUGACACUGCAGCAGGUGGCCUAAACCUUUCUCAUCUACCUACAACUUCAAUGGCUGGACCAGCUCUUGGAACAAUAAAAACAGUGGUUCGACCAGAAGAAGAUAUUUUGUAUCAGUGGAGAUUACGAAGAAAAUUGGAGCUUGCAAGAGAAAACUCUCUUCCUAUUUUAUCAAGGAGGGACUCUUAUUCACCGCCUGUCAGACUCUCUGAACAGGGAGAAGACCGCAUUGUCUUAUCGGGUGCUGUGGAUAGGACAGAACUUAAUCCAACAAGGAACUCGGAAAAACGAGAAAAUGUCUCAUUAUCUGUGUCUAACGUAAACCAUAUAUAUCCUAUUGCCAGCCCUUCAUUAGAACACAAGUCAGCUGAUGUACCACCUCAUCAUCAUUUGCUUUGUGAUGUUCUUCCCUGUCCACAUGAAGGUCACUACUGUUCACUUGAAUCAAAAGGCACAGUUAAGAGAAUGCAACACCUUAAUGAUACAUUGAAACAUUCAAUGGAUUGCUCAUCCAGUAAGGAAUUGCAGCAGAGAUUACAAAGAGAAAGUGAGGAACAAAACUCAUUAGAAAUAAAUUCUGAAGAGCAUCUAAAUAGCUCUGCAUCUUCCAUGUUGUCUGAUACAUUUUCUACAGGCUGUGCCUUUCAGGAGCCAAGGAAAAUUGGUUCUGAAGAUGACCAUAGAAAAUUUUUGAAAGACAAACCACAAGAUUUAGGGAUGCAACAGAAAAAAUUCAAAACUCCCAGACAUCUUCCUUUACAUGAAACAAUGUUGACUCUUGGUAUGGCAGCUUCUAAAAAUUCUGUUCAGCUUUGUACACCUAAGGAUGAACUAGAGUCUACAAUGAGCAAACAGCAAACCAAAGCAAAGGAUGUUCCUGCCAGAGACAAUGGAAACCACAAGCCUUCACAAAAACAAAACAUACAUGGUGUAGGCCUGACACGCGUGCAUGGGCGCAAUGAACAGAGUAAACCUGCACACGAUAAAAAGAGAACCUCUAGGGAAGUGGAGAGCACAUUGACUAAAGAAAAAAGAAGACCGAGACCAAACACAGAGAGGGAUGUGAAUUUGACAAGGAAAGAAAAGGAGGUAACAGCCGCACCCUCUCCACUUCGCAGAGCUCUGGAACAAGUUGUUUCAGAAAGGCUGUUUUCUCCCCCUGACUCCCCGUCACAUCUACGCUCUCAAAAACCACUCUGUCCUCCUGAACAAUCCAAUGAGCCUGCUGCAGAAGAAGCUCAGCCCCCUGAGAUCAUCACCCAGCUACUUCUACAGGAUGCUGAAGAUUCUGAUGGAGCUGAGUUUGAAGAUGAUCCGUUACUUCAAGUCUUACGGCAACAGAGAGAUUGGGUCAACGAGCAGCUCAGUGAAGUUGAAGCAAAGAUUUCUGAAUAUAAUCCUUAAUCUUCAUAUUUGGCAAUGAAAAACACUCUUAAAUAAGAUUUCAGAACAUUGAUUUAUUUAAUUUUGUUCUACAUUGUAUAUAUUGUGUUUUAUUAAAAUAAAAUAUAUUUUACGUGUUUUAAAGUUUAUUUCACAUUGUACUUCUUAUUGUGUUUUAUGUUUGACAGCUGACUAUAUGUGAGCAAUGUAGAAAACAAUAGCUGCCUUUGGCGUAUGUCAGGAGCAGAACAGACCUUUUACUUUAAAAAUAAGGAGGGUUUUGUCCAUGUAGUUAUUUAUUAAGGUGGGUUACCAACAAAACAUCUCAACAUGUAUCAGACAAUGAUGAUCCACUUUUAAAGAAAAUACAAUUCCACUUACAAAAUUGUAACUGACUAUCAUGACCUUUCUUCCAAUCAUU